AUGCUGAAACGAAGGAGGAGAUCCGGGAAUGGCGAAGGGAGCGCGAGGAAGGCGGAGGACGACGAGAAGGAAGAUGACGAAGAGGAGAACAGACUCAUACUCAGUGAGCUGCCAGACGAUGCCAUGGUUGCGUUCGAGCUGUUGCGACAACAGUAUCCCAAGUGCCCAGUUGCGGGCGCCUACCCUGUGGUCUUGGUCUCGCAGGUGCCGUCUCUGCGGAUCUACUCCAUCGUCAAGAGCCGAACCGAAGUCGACCGGCAGCUGGACAAUGCUGUCAAGAAGAGGGAUAUCCGGACUUUCAAGCUCAUAGGAUACGCCAACGAUGAGCUGAUCAUGAAGACUCCGGACUAUUUGCGCCUCCUGCAAGAAGUCCUUACGUUCAGGAAGAAAGCGAGUCGUUCUAGAUGUACAGAAUCUCGAGAAGAAAAACAGAUCGACACAGCUUUUCGCAUCGCGGACCAGCUUUGCAGUCAAGGCUCAACGAAGCGCAAGAAGAUAGAAGCUAAGAACGAUGAAGAACUGAAUCGACCAAAAAGAGGAGUGGAAGAAGUGUUCAGCCGAUUCGUUGCAUGUGUCAUCAGUCGGUGUCACCACCCAACAAUAAUGCAAUCUGAUUUACAAGACUUCCUCAAGCUCGCUCCACCGGAGCUUGUCGACGUGCCGGAUGCUUUCAGAUCGUCUCUGCGAUCCUCAGAAACCUGGAGCGAUGAAGACGUGAAGGUAGCCCAGAGGAUACUCACCGAUUGUGGCGUACUGGUGCAAAGAGACAACCUUUCCUUCAUCUUUGCUCUUCCGGGGAUGGGGCCUUUUUUCAACGAAAUCAUGCAGGGACGAAGAGAAAUUCUCAAUGUCAUCUCGAAGAGACGCUUUUCAGAGAUGCUUGUUAGGGAGAUCGAAAAGAUCAGGUUGAGAUUUUCGACGCUCGGGAUGCGGUUUCACUUGCGAGAUGUCAUCGGGCACGGGAACAUCGAGAUAUGCGAAACAACGACAGGACCACUGCUAAAGUUUCACCAUUUCUGA